AUGGCCGUCGCUCAGAGAGCUCUGCAUUUGAUCUGCAUGUUGCUGUAUUUAUAUCUUUGUUUUAAAAACCUUACACGAUGUAAAAAAUGCAAUUCACUCGAUGUGUAUAAUGGAAACGUAUUCUACUCCUCAAAUAUAGCCGCUAAACCAAAUAUUGCAAGUUUUGUUCGUUUACCACGGCAACCUAGAUCUUGUUCUGGCUCGGCAAGUUUAACGCCAAACUCAACUCGUGUGAUUGUUGCCUGUCGUCUACUAACUAAAGCCUCAAUCUCGUUGCUUCUUAUUCAAAUGUCAAACGAUGUUGAAUCCCAGCCUGGUCCUGUAGUCGAUCGAAAAGGAAUCAAAUUAUGCCAUUGGAAUAUACAACAUCUCACGGACAGUAAAUUUGAAGAGAUUCGCAACUUAUUGACAUGCCCCAGCAAGGAGCUUUUUGGUCUGGACAUUCUCAUUUUAUCGGAGACCUUCUGUACCGAAAAAAUACCAGAAACAUUUUACAGCAUUCCCGGCUACAAAGUCUAUCGAAAGGACAAAACUGGAAAGUCAGGCGGUGGAUUAUGUGUAUAUGUUAAAAACUCAGUUCAAGCUGAGCGACGAAUUGAUCUCGAAACAAAAGAU